AUGGGGGAGCAGGUCAAGCUGCCCGUCACAUUCGGGGAAUGGGACAACUUCCGCGCAGAGAAUGUUGUCUUCGACGUGGCGCGCUUCGACCUCCCCUACGACGCCAUCCUCUGGCACCCGGUGCUCGCCAAGUUCAUGGCAGCUGUGCACUAUGCAUACAGCACCCUGAAGAUCUUGGGACCUUCCGGGGUCAUCUCCGUCAAGGUGAACGUCAAGGGGUCGGUGCAUUGCGCCGAGAAGCUCUACAAGGCCAUGGCGGCCAUCUCCCCGGACGAUGGUGAACGCCCCGAGCCGUCAGCCCAUCCUUCGGCUAAGCAGCGGAUUGCCCCCUAUGAUGCGGCCCCCACCAAGGCGGUCCGCCUCGGAGACGAUCCCAAGAAGACGGUGACGAUCAGAGCACAGAUAGGUGAAAAAUAG